UGCCGCUUCUGCUGUUCCCUCCGUCGCGUUCGGCCUGCCUGAGACAUACUUUAUCACCUUUAUCCAGCCUUGCUGUAAUUGUAGCGCAAAGCGCGGCUGCCAACAUGCCGUCUGCUGUGAAACCACCACGGACCUUGUACGACAAGGUCUUCGAGGACCACAUUGUCGACGAGAAGGACGACGGCACAAUCCUGCUCUACAUUGACAGGCAUCUGGUUCACGAAGUGACGUCGCCGCAAGCAUUCGAGGGCCUCCGAAAUGCCGGCCGGAAAGUGCGGAGACCAGACUGCACGCUCGCUACCGUAGACCACAACAUUCCCACAGUCUCGCGAAAAAACCUCACCACGACCGAAAAGUUCAUCGACGAGGUCGACUCACGGACACAAUGCAUGACCCUCGAGGAGAACGUCAAGGCCUUCGAUCUCACAUAUUUUGGCCUGGACGACAAGCGACAGGGAAUUGUACACAUCAUCGGCCCUGAGCAGGGCUUCACGCUGCCCGGCACCACUGUCGUCUGCGGCGACAGCCACACAUCCACCCAUGGCGCCUUUGGUUCCAUUGCGCAGGGUAUCGGCACAAGUGAGGUCGAGCACGUCCUUGCCACGCAAACACUCAUCACCCGGCGGAGUAAGAACAUGAAGGUGCAGGUCGACGGAGAGCUAGCGCCUGGUGUUAGCAGCAAAGACAUCAUCUUGCACAUAAUAGGAGUUAUUGGAACCGCCGGAGGUACUGGCUGCACCAUUGAGUUCUGCGGAUCUGCUAUCCGGAGCCUCAGCAUGGAGGCGCGUAUGUCGAUAUGUAACAUGUCGAUUGAGGCUGGUGCACGUGCGGGCAUGAUCGCACCGGAUCAAACGACCAUCGACUACCUGAAGGGACGUCCGCUGGCACCCAAAGAGGAUAGCCCGGAGUGGAAGAAGGCCGUCAACUACUGGCUUACGUUGAAGUCGGACCCGGAUGCGAAGUGGGACCACGAGGUCUUCAUUGACUGCAAAGAUAUUGCGCCCACCGUUUCAUGGGGAACUUCUCCCCAGGAUGUUAUCCCAAUCACUGGCAAGGUCCCCAGCCCAGACGACUUCCAGGACGAGGUCAAGAAAAAUGCGUGCAAGCGUGCCCUUGAAUACAUGGGCUUGACGGCUGGCACUCCCAUGCAGGACAUUGUCUUGGACAAGGUCUUCAUUGGCUCAUGCACAAACGCGCGUAUUGAAGAUUUACGUGCCGCGGCACGCAUAGUCGAGGGCAAGAAGGUUGCCUCAAACAUCAAGCACGCCAUGAUUGUUCCUGGAUCUGGCCUCGUCAAGAAUCAGGCUGAAUCGGAGGGUCUCGACAAGAUCUUCACAAACGCAGGCUUCGACUGGAGAGAAGCAGGCUGCUCCAUGUGCUUAGGCAUGAACCCCGACAUCCUCUCCCCCGGCGAGCGCUGUGCCUCGACAUCAAACCGAAACUUCGAAGGACGACAGGGUGCAGGUGGCCGCACGCAUCUUAUGUCCCCUGUCAUGGCUGCCGCCGCUGCUAUCGUCGGCAACCUCGCCGACGUCCGUAAACUUGCACCUCCGUCCACGUCAGCCGCAAAGGGCUCCCCGAAGAUCGAAGUCCAGGCCGAUGUACACAUGGAAGAACCCAACUCAGAUGACGACCUCGAAAACAGCAUGGAUCUUCCCGCCGACUCCGUCUCCUACCCCUCCUCCACCUCCACCAAGGGUGCCUCCGCUGGCAUGCCCAAGUUCGAGACCCUCCGCGGCUACGCCGCCCCCAUGGACAUCGCCAACAUCGACACCGACGCCAUCAUCCCCAAGCAAUUCCUCAAAACAAUCAAGCGCUCCGGCCUCGGCUCCGCGCUCUUCCACGCUUGGCGCUACGAAGCGGGCAGCGACGCCGAAAAGAAGGACUUCGUCCUCAACCAGGAACCCUUCCGCCAGUCCAAGAUCCUCGUCUGCACGGGGCCCAACUUUGGCUGCGGCUCCUCCCGCGAGCACGCACCCUGGGCCCUCCUCGACUUCGGCAUCAAGUGCAUCGUCGCGCCGAGCUACGGUGACAUCUUCUUCAACAACACGUUCAAGAACGGCAUGUUGCCCAUCCGCAUCGACGACCAGGCGACGCUGGAGAAGAUCGCCGAAGUCGCCAAGUCCGGCAAGGAGAUCGAGGUCGACCUGCCGAACCAGACCAUCCGCGAUGCGGACGGCAACGAGCUGGCAAAGUUUGACGUCGAGGAAUUCAGGAAGCACUGCUUGAUCAACGGGCUCGAUGACAUUGGUCUGACGAUGAGCAGCGAGGAGCACAUCCAGAAGCACGAGGCGAGACGCACGAGGGAAUGGCCGUGGCUCGACGGCAGUGGGUACCUUGCGCGACACCGCAAGGGCCCCGUCAAGAUCGAGGCCGCUGCCGUGCCUAAGACAAACCGCGGUGAGGUUGUCGGCGAGCCGCUGGAGUGGUAGACGGUAACUUUCUUCUUGUCGAUGCGUUACGAUUAGUGUGUGACGGGUGGAAAAGUGCACACAUGGGAAGGUGUUCGCGUCCUUGCAGCGAUCCUUGUCUGCGUUGGUUGGAUAAUGACCAUAUUUGUGACUCGGUCUUCUUUCAAUACGUUCAAUGAAAUUUUUCUUGUCC